AUGUUCAAGAAUACUUACCAGUCUGGCUUCCUCUCGGUGCUGUACUCAGUGGGCAGCAAGCCUCUGCAGAUCUGGGCCGAUCAAGUCAGGAAUGGUCACAUUAAGCGCCUUACCGAUGCCGACAUUCAGUCGAGUGUGUUGGAGAUUAUGGGCACCAACGUCGCUACCACCUUCAUUAGAUGCCCGGCUGAUCCGAAGAGAACUCUGGGAAUCAAACUGCCCUUCUUGGUGAUGAUAAUUAAAAACUUGAAGAAGUACUUCACCUUUGAAGUGGCCGUCCUGGACGAUAAGGGCAUCCGUCGGAGAUUCCGAGCCUCCAACUAUCAGAGGACCACUCGAGUGAAGCCCUUUAUCUGUACGAUGCCGAUGAGACUCGACGAGGGGUGGAAUCAGAUUCAAUUCAACCUCUCCGACUUUACCCGAAGAGCCUACGGAACCAAUUACAUCGAAACCCUGGCCAUCCAGCUCCACGCCAAUUGCCGAAUCAGGAGAGUGUACUUCUCGGAUCGUCUAUACAGCGAGGAGGAGCUGCCUCCGGAGUUCAAGCUCUUCCUGCCUGUCCAGAAGACGAUGCCCCACGCAGCUGCAGGCUCACCCCAAGCUGAACCCGUGGGUGCCCCUCCCCCGGCCCCACCCGCUGUAGCAGCACAAUAGACAAUCUUCUUGUAUAGUGGAAGUAGUCAGCAUGCGUCCACGGAACAUCGUACUGAUCGUGGACUAGAUGAUAACCGAUUGUUAGGU